AUGGCUUACAAGCAAACACCCAAAGCGUGGAAGCAUGCUAUUAAAGUGGUGAAGAGCUAUGCUGUGCGAUUUCCAAGUAUGGAAACAAAGGUGUUUCAUCCUUUACAUCUAAGUUAUGAUAGUCUACCUAGCGACACAGUGAGGUCUUGUUUCUUAUAUUGCUUUUUAUACCCUGAAGACUCAUUUAUUCCUAUAGAGGACUUGAUAAACAAAUGGAUUGGUGAGGGAUUUUUAAAUGAAUGGGAUGACAAUGAAGAUGGUGCUGAAAACCAAGGGUAUGACAUUAUUGACACACUUCUUCAAGCAUGUUUGCUGGAAAAGGUUUCUAGUGACACUGUAAAAAUGCAUGACGUGAUACGUGAGAUGGCAUUGUGGAUAGGUCGUGAAUAUGAGAAGCAGACCGACAAGUUUUUGGUGCGAGCAGGAAAACCAACAUGCAGUAAGCUCACAACUUUGCUUCUGAAUGAAAAUCGGUUGAAGAAGAUCAGUAGCGGCUUUUUCCAAUCUAUGCGUGCUCUCAAAGUUCUAGACUUGUCAACGAAUAAAUUUUUAGGUGCUUUACCAUUGGAAAUUGGUGAAUUGACUUCAUUGCAGUAUCUGAAUAUAUCUCACACAUGGAUAAGUCGGUUACCAGUUCAGCUCCAAAACUUGGUAAAUUUGAAAAUUUUGGAUAUGGAAGAUACAAAAUGUGAUCAAACUUCAAUACUCCAAAUGAUAGCAGGUUUAUCAUUCUUGCAAGUGUUGAAGAUUAACGGUGUUGUCAUCGACAAUGAAGCUAUGGUAGAGAAAUUGGAUGCUUUGAAAUUCUUAUAUUAUUUGACUAUGACAAUGACAAGUGCCUCUGUUUUCCAAAGACUAAUAAAGUGCGACAAGUUACAGAGCUGCACUCGACGUUUACACUUGCUACGCUUCAGUUGUUGCAUCACUUUCAAUAUAUCUUCUCUGCAAUAUAUGAAGUGUCUAAAUUCCCUUUUUGUCUUGUGUUGGGACGAUUGUGAAGAUUGGGAGAUUGAUUGGAGUGUAGAAGGAAAAGAGAUAGAAACUAGUAAUAAUCCCAUCGACUUUCAUAUCAGAAACCGACCAUGCUUCCACAGCCUUCGUAGAGUAUUCAUAGAUAAUUGCAAAAGGUUGAAAAACGCAAAAUGGAUUCUCUUUGCUCCAAACAUCGAGUCUCUCUCUAUAUCUAGCUGUGAGAAUAUGGAAGAAGUAAUUAGUGCGGGUGCGUGGAUGGAAGCUGCAGAGAAAGGGAAAAUUCCAAAACCAUUUGCAAAACUAAACCAUUUGAUGUUAGGUCGUCUUCCAAAACUAAAGAGCAUCUACCACAAUCCCCUGCCCUUCCCUUGCUUGGUCGUCCUCGAUGUAAGAGAGUGUCCAGAGCUGAAGAAGCUUCCACUCAACUCUGAUAGCGCUAAAGAACAUCGAACUACCAUUUAUGGAGCCAGAGACUGGUUUGAUAAGUUGGAAUGGCUGGACGAAGCCACACGAAAUGCUUUUCGGCAAUGA